AUGUCGGAAUACGAACAACAAGGAGAGACUCCUAAGGAGCAGAAGGAGACACAAGCACACAUUAAUUUAAAGGUGAGUGAUGGCUCAGCAGAGAUUUUUUUCAAGAUCAAGAGAGCUACACCCAUGAAGAAGUUGAUGGAAGCUUUUUGUAAAAGACAAGGAAAACCAAUGGAUACCUUAAGGUUUUUGGUUGAUGGAACCAGAAUUAGCCCUGAGAACACGCCUGAUGAUUUACAACUAGAGGAUGGUGAUGUUAUUGAAGCUCAUAGAGAACAAAUUGGAGGUUCUUAUUAG